AUGACUGAGGAGGCUUACAAUUGCGAAUCAAGACCAUUGAUGACUGUGCUGUUGAUUGUAUCCAUCUUGAUUCUGCUGUUCUUGAGAAAGUCAAGUCUGGUCAAGAAUUGGGUCUCAUCGCAUCAAGACAAGCUAUCACAGGAUAAUCAAGCGGACGAGGAAGAAGGGUUGAUGCAGCGUGUGGUAUGA